CAGUGACAACAACAGUGCAGCACAAAGCCUAUCCCUCUUAUUUAUCCAAAAAAAAAAAAAAAUAAUAAUAAUAAUAGUAAAUAAAUAAACUUAACAUAUCUCACCAAACUAAAUAUAAUCUAACCUAACCUAACCGAAUCUAACCAAUCCUACCUACGGUUAAUAUUUGACUUGGUCAUUUGUGGUUAUUCAUGUACAGCAUACAAAAAAAAUAUAAAAAAAAACAAUGCCUCAAAACACUCUAAGAAUUUAAAACUAUCAAUUGGAAGACUACACCGAAAAUAGGAAACGUCAAUAAAGGAGAGAAAUGCCGAUUUUAGCAAUAUGGUGAGCCACGCGACGAUUUGGGCCUACCCGCCCCGCCGGUUCCCACACACAUUUCAUGGCUACUUUUGCAGUUGUUUUGAUCUCUACACUCUUUCCUGUUGAUUUCCAGGAAGUUAGGUCAGUAGAUUACAUAAUGAUAGCAGAAGAUCAAUCAAGAGACGAGAUAUUAGCACGUUGAUAAAACCAAUCUUAACCGUGAAACACACUAGUGGAGCCAAGAGUUCCGGGAGGCAGCAGAAGCCAAGCAAGAUUGCACCUCAAUAAAGACUUGCCUGCACCACUAAAGGGCUGUGGCCGACCGUCAGGCCUCAUCAAUACCCCAUACCGGUGCUACAGGCUAAACAAAACGUUGAUAAAACCAAUCUUAACCGUGAAACUCUCUAGUGGAGCCAAGAGUUCCGGGAGCCAGCAUAAGCCAAGCAAGAUUGCACCUCAAUAAAGACUUGCCUGCACCACUAAAGGGCUGUGGCCGACCGUCAGGCCUCAUCAAGACCCCAUACCGGUGCUACAGGCUAAAAAAUCAUAACCAGCAACACAGCAUGCAUCAUUAAAGUCCUCUUGGUAACCGCAACAUGAUACAGCCAAACGUGAGGACGCACCGUUUUGCUUGUCUCGUCCGCAGCGGCAGCACUAUUCAGUAUCAUUACCGUUACCUCAGUUAAUAUUACAGUGUUAAAGGGGACGGUUCGCGGCUGACUGCCUCUCCUGACUCCAUACUACCACCUCUACUACUCAAGAUCCCCGUCAGGAUGGAGCGGUGGUCAGGUCGUGUGGCCCUGGUGACUGGUGCCAGCAUGGGGAUCGGUGCCAGCGUGGCCAGGAGGCUGGUGGCUGAGGGCAUGAAGGUGGUGGGAGCAGCUCGUAGCAUUGACAAACUACUGGCCAUGGCGGACGAACUCAAGGGUCAACGAGGCGCGCUUAUCCCCAUCAAGUGUGACCUCACUAAAGACGAGGAGGUGCUGGCCAUGUUUGCCAAGAUCAAGAAGGACCUCGGAGGUGUGGACGUGUGUAUCAACAAUGCAGGAUUCGCCCACAACAAAUCCCUGCUGGAGGGAAGCCCCAAGGAGUGGCGCGAGAUGAUGGAUCUUAACGUUGUGGCUCUGUGCUUAUGUACGCGCGAGAGUAUUGCUUCCAUGCGAGAACGCGGCGUUGACGAUGGACACAUCAUUCACAUCAGCAGGUAUGCUUGGUUCAGACUUGGGUCAGGUUUGCCAGUCGUUGUCACCGUUCAAAUUAGUACACAGAUGUAUCAGGCAAAAAAACUCCCAAGAAUAUCUGUGCCGAGUUCAAGAAAUAUAGUCAAUAUAACGGCUAAUUUUUUUUUUUCGAUGAUUAAUUCUUAAUACAAUACCUCAAUUUUCAGAAGUAUGUUUCAAUAUCUGAUAUAAAUACUGACUGGAAAAAAGCAUACGAACCAUGCAAGUUACUUGGGUCAAAA